AUGCUCCUUAAGCCAAAGUAUGGCCGCUUUCGCAACGAGUCUGUGACCUCCUCCGACGACCUGAUGCAGAGCUUAGCCAUGAGUGGCAAAGUCGUGGCCACGCCGGUGGUCUCCUCCUCCGUCACGAGCCUCCCCCUGCCUCCUCUGCCUCCGCUGGACCACUCCGCCAGAUCGUCCUCCUCUGCCGGGGCUGCCGCCCUGGCCGACUCCCCUUGCCUGGAUGGGGAACAGGACGCCACCACAACCUUCUGCAUGCUCAUCCCCAAGAUGCCCCAGUGGAAGUUCUCCAACUCCCUGCUCAGCCGCAGCCCGUCCAACUCCGGCUCCGGCACCGGCAAGGACUCGGGGAAGGCGGCUCCUUCCCAGACCUCUUCCUCGCACAGCUCGUCGUCACACAGGCACAGCGGCGCGGCCUCAGCCGCCGGCCCCGCCGCCACCCUGGCGGCCGUGCUCACCUCGUGCGACCCCGGGUGUGUCACGCCGUGCUCCUUGCAGGCCAUGCGAGGGCAGCGGGCGGUUGCGGCGGCGAACUCGGCCCAUCAGGGGGGCCACGGAUUUGGGGCCACAGAGGCCACGGCCAGCCCGGCGGGCUCCAGCGGCUCCCGGUCGGGAAUGAGCCGCAGGACGAGGGUGGAAGGCAUGUGGCUCGGGGGAGAGGACUUGGCCCAGAAGGGGGGCUUCAUCCACAAACCCUCUCAGGGCUGGCUGCACCCUGACAGGAAGAUAGCGGGACCAGGGGCCUCGUAUAUUGUCAGGUACAUGGGCUGCAUUGAGGUACUGAAGUCAAUGCGCUCCCUGGACUUCAACACGCGGACUCAGGUGACCAGGGAAGCCAUCAACAGGCUGUGUGACACUGUGCCAGGCGGAAAGGGGGCGUGGAGGAAGAAGGCCCAAAACAAAGCUCUCCAGUCCGUGAUGGGGAAGAGUAACCUGCGAUUUGCUGGCAUGAGUAUUGCAGUCAAUAUUUCCAUAGAGGGCCUUGGUCUGCUAAUCCCGACCACACGACAGGUGAUAGCGCACCACCCCAUGCAGUCCAUCUCCUUCGCCUCUGGAGGAGACACAGACACGCCUGAUUAUGUGGCGUACGUGGCCAAAGAUCCAGUGAAUCAGAGAGCGUGUCACAUCCUGGAGUGCGCGGACGGGUUAGCCCAGGGAGUCAUCAGCACCAUCGGACAGGCCUUCGAGCUGCAGUUCAAACAGUACCUGCACAGUCCUCCCAAAACCCUGGCGCCUGUGGAGAGGUCUGCCAGGACGGAGGAGGCGAUGUGGGCGGAGGACGAGGACUUCUCUCAGCACGAUUACUACAACAGCAUCCCGGGGAAGGAGCCCCCCGUCGGGGGGGUGGUGGACUCCAGACUCAGGCCCACCGCGGCUCUGCUGGGUCACAUCCACACACAGCCGCAGAGCAAGACGCCAGCGCAGACGGGGUCCCCCGGGAGGAGGGAGCAGGCGUCUUAUCCCCCAGGUCAGCUGUGCUACGAACUGCACUGGGACACUGAGGCCACCAGCAGCUCAGGCCUGACGUCGGAUGGCUACCUGUGUGCCGACGGCCAGCCGGCAGGCAGCAGGGACUACGAGGAACAUCAGUACGUCAACACCCAAAGUCUGGAAAACCUGGAUGUCCUGGCGCAGGGCCCCAACGGACACAGAGGGCCCCGGGUCCCCGAAAGUCCCAAAAAGGACCUCUUUGACAUGAGGCCCUUCGAGGACGCCCUGAAGCUCCACGAGGCCUGCGGCGGACCUGCGGCGGGGGCAGGCGCCCCGGUCCUGGAGGACCAGUGGCCCAGCCCCCCGCGCCGGCGGGCCCCCGUGGCCCCCAACGAGGAGCAGCUCCGAAGGGAGGCGUGGUACCACAGCCGCAUGAGCCGGCGGGACGCGGAGAAGCUCCUGGUCCGGGACGGAGACUUCCUGGUCCGGGAGAGCACCACCAACCCGGGGCAGUACGUGCUGACCGGCAUGCACUGCGGGCUGCCCAAACACCUGCUGCUGGUGGACCCAGAGGGAGUGGUCCGAACCAAAGACAUGUUGUUCGAGAGCAUAAGCCACCUCAUCGCGUACCACCUGAAGAACGAGCUGCCUAUCGUGGCAGCGGAGAGUGAGCUCCACCUGAAGCAGGUGGUCCGGAGGAAACCGUGAGCCCGAACACGGGCAAGAGCUGAAUUCUUGGCUUGCCAUGCAAACAAAAAUAUGAACUGAUAUGGAAACCAUUUAUUCCCGAUGGAUCUCCGCGAACAAUUCCACUACAGAGACUGUGGCGUCUAUUUUUUUUUUGCCUACCAGGAACCACCGAACUACCCCGGGCCUGCAGGAUUCCAGAAAAGAAUCGUCAACCGAUGUCAGAAAAUGAGAGCGAUUGAAGUUUGUAGGGGAACUUUAGGAAAUCAAACAUGGAUUUGAUUCACAGCGAAGUCCUACAAAGUAAAAGCGAAGCACCUCCAGUGGACCUCGGCUCAGAAUCACUCAGUCACGGGUCAUUCACAGGACAAACAAUGGUCAUUGCCAGAACGAAACUCUGAACACAAAGAACAAAUCUGGCACGGACCACUUUUCCAUAAGACUCAAGAUGUCAGGUGACUCUGUGGUUUAUUUCUCUAAAUGCAAGACGUGAAAAUACCGCAAGGAAAUUGAAGAAAUGUGUUUUUCCGUGGGAUGUAAAGACUGUUUAGUGUUACAUGUUCUGCAGCACCUGACUCUGAGAUGGCACAAUGAAAAGACUCUGAGCACGAGUCAGUGCUGGAUUCAUCAAAGAGUCACACAUCCUUCUUCCCCUUUCUGGCUUCGUUUCUGCGUGAUAAUCCAUUCACCAAGUCCCAGUUAAAAGAACAAGUAUUGAUACUAUCAUCAUAUAAUACCUUGUCUUGAAAUGCGUCAUCACGUCUACCAUGAAUGUCAGUAGUGUGUGGUUGUGCGGGCGGUUUAUAAUUCGUUGAAGCUAUGCUUGUGGUAUCAGCCUGUGGACAUUAUUGGUCGAAUUUAUAAUAACAUCAAGCCCUGGAUUAAAAACUCAUACACACACAAACGCAGUAUAUCCACACCAGUAUUCCCACAGCCUCUCCAACUUCAGUGCCUUACUAAGUACAGAGCGUAUUAGAGUGUAUAUAAUGUGCAUUUAUGCUCCUAAUGCAAAACACUAGUUUUCUCGCCAUGCCAAUGAAUGACUGGACAAGCUUCAGGACGAUCAAGCUCUUGUGAACAGUCGAGCAAGCGGCUCUCGUAUUUUGGCCCAAAUGUUUAAUACUGUCCUAUCGUAUCAUGGCUGCUGUGUAUGCGCUCCUCUACAGUGAUUGAUAUAGAAGAAAGGGGACUUAGACACGAAAUAAAAUAAUAAAUACUUUGUCAGGGAAAGGCACCAUUUUGUUAAUUGUCCAAGGCCCACACGUGUGUGUGUGUGUGUGUGUGUGUGUGUGUGUGUGUGUGUGUGUACUUACUAGUGAAUGACUUGCAGUGACAGUACGCCUCGCCGGUCUAAUACCAAAAACUCCUACUAGAGGGAGGUCACAUACGGUUUUCAUUUCUCUUGGUCUUAAGUAACAUAUCUCUAAGGGUUCACUGUUCUUUGCUGCAGCCUCGUGAAUGCACAGAGACGAGGCUUUUGCUGAGGUCCAAACGGUCAAUGGGAUUAUUUUUCAGAUCUCUCCCUUUUGCUUUCUCAGGAAUUUAUUGGAUCUGUUCUUUGAUUAAUGGCUUUUUGUCAAUAAAACUAAAAUAGGGUGCAA